UGCAAAGUAACUCAAGCAGUUUUACAUUAGAGUACAAGUUGGCUCACCAUCAUGGACACAAUGGAUCACCAAUCAUCAUGUGUCCCUCCAGGGUUUCGUUUUCAUCCAACUGAUGAAGAACUUGUUGGAUACUAUCUAAGAAAGAAAGUUGUAUCGCAGAAGAUCGAUCUCGAUGUUAUUAGGGAUGUCGAUCUUUACAGAAUUGAACCUUGGGAUCUCAUAGAGAAAUGUCGGAUCGGACACGAGGAGCAAAAUGAGUGGUAUUUCUUCAGUUACAAGGAUAAAAAGUAUCCAACGGGGACAAGAACGAAUAGGGCAACCGUGGCAGGGUUUUGGAAGGCUACAGGGAGAGACAAAGCUGUAUAUGAAAAACUUAGGCUCAUAGGAAUGAGGAAAACCCUGGUUUUCUACAAAGGAAGGGCACCAAAUGGCCAGAAAACUGACUGGAUCAUGCACGAAUACAGACUUGAAUCCGAAGAAAAUGGCCCUCCUAAGGAAGAAGGAUGGGUGGUUUGUCGAGCAUUCAAGAAACGUGCCACAGGACAAUCAAGAACAACCAAAGGAUGGGAACCCAACUAUUUCUAUGACGAAUCAAGCUGCAUAACAUCAACCAUGGAUAAUUGUAUCACAAAUCAGCCUUCAAAUUUUCUUUUGACACAAAGCUUCAUGUGCAAGCAAGAGCUGGAAGCAGCUGAGAAUUUGAACUUUGGGCAUUGUGAUCAGUUUAUGGAGCUCCCUCAGCUCCAAAUCCCAUCUAUCCUUUCAAUGAAGAGGCCUAUUAGCUUGAUAUCCGAACAUAAUCAAGAAGACGACCAAAACAUUGGAAGAAACACAAACAACAAUGACAAUAAUGAUACGAAUGAAGUGAGGGAUUGGAGGGACCUUGAUAAGUUUGUAGCUUCUCAACUGAGCCAAGAGGAGAAUAUCAGAUGUGUUGGAGAAGGGUUUUCUGCGAGCUUAGAAGGGAACAAUGGUUCCGACUUAAAUUUUUUAUUCUUACAAGGUGAUACCGAAGAUGGUGGUGGUGGGGGCAGUGGAGGAGGAAUUAGAAGAAAGUUGAAUGGAUUAUUGGGUUCAACUAGCUCAGAUCAUUUUGAUAUUGGAAUUUGCAUAUUUGAUAAAUUAUGAACUUGAAGAAGCACACAUAGAGAUGCAUGCAGCUGGAGAAUUAUAUAUAUACACGUUAAUAUAUACAUCUCAGUUGGAUAAAUGUGUAUGAUUUCGCAUAAUCUAUAUAAUAAUGCGUGUAUAUUUUAUA